AUGGAUUCGCAAUUGAGCGCGACCUCCCUCACUGCCCAGCAAUGCCGGGACGACGGCAAAAUCCAUAUUCUCCUGGCCGCGUCUGGCUCCGUGGCAACUAUUAAGCUCCCAAAUAUCGCAGAGGCCUUGUGUCGCCACGCAAAUGUCUCUGUCCGCAUCAUCAUCACGGAGAGCGCAGAGCACUUCUUGUUGGGACAGAGCGCGGAGCAACCUGCUUUGGACAGUCUACGGCAGAUCGCUGGGGUAGAAGGUAUUUACCGGAACGAGGACGAGUGGACUACUCCCUGGCAGCGCGGAAAUCCCAUUCUGCACAUUGAACUCAGAAAGUGGGCACAUGUCUUGCUGGUCGCACCGCUAUCAGCCAAUACUAUGGCCAAGAUGGCCAUGGGAAUGUCCGACAACCUCCUUCUCUCGGUGAUUAGGGCCUGGGAUACCACUGGCAUGGUGGAUGGCGAGUUCAAGCCGCAGAAACCGAGGAUCUUUGUGGCUCCUGCUGCGAACACUGCGAUGUGGAGACACCCCGUAACUAAGAAGCAGCUGAAGGUCCUACAAGACGAAUGGGGGUGGAGCAAGUCGAACCCCGAGGGCUGGGUGACCGUCCUGCCUCCCAUCGAGAAGGCCCUGGCAUGUGGGGACGUCGGGACUGGUGCAAUGAUGGACUGGAGAGCAAUUGUCAACGUUAUUCAAGAUCACCUGGGUCUCCCGGGACCCAUGGCGAGCUCGUGA